AUGGCAGCCGAGUGGCAGGGCGUCAACGGUCCGAUGCUGCUGGGCGUGUCUUGGGGCCUCACCGUCCUAGCAACCAUCAUCCACAGCCUCCGAGUGUGCCUCAAGCUCUCCACGGGCCGCCAUUUGUCGUGGGAUGAUUGGAUCCUGACGGCGGGCCUUGGUUCUCGUAGAAACAGAGUGACUACCCCCCCGGUCAAAAUGAGCCGGCCGGCGCGGCUCGAUUGUCGCUCUGGGCCGAUCGAGCUGAUACUGCGCCUCAGCAGUCGCGCAACCGUCACUAUCACGGCCAUCGUGUGGACCAAGACGGCCUUCGCCUUCACGCUGUUCAGGGCUUACUUAGGACGCUACUAA